GUUUAGCCUAGAGAAACUAAACAUUUCCUCAUUUUGAAGGAAAGACUUCUUGGGGAAAGUCAAUUUGAGGGUCUCAAUGAGAAUGUCCGAAAUCAAAGCUUUAGAAAGCGCUCCCUGUGCCUGAGGUAGAUAAAUAUCUGUAUUUUCUCUUCACACGGAUGAUGGUGGUGAAAGCAGGACAUCAUUUGACUUGGUCAGCAGAAGUGCUCUGAACCAUCCGGAACUUUGGGGGCUGUGGGGAGGAGUUUCAGGAAGUUGAAAACAGUAUUGGGUGGAAUCACACUGUUGCAAUUUGCUCUGAAAAAAGCUACACUUGUUUUAUUCUCAGCUGCACCUGGGGCCCUGCAGCCCCUGCAGGAGAACAAUGGGGCGAGCGAUUGGUACGCGGCCUUCGCAGCCUGCAGAGCUGCCUGCUUUGGUUGUAAUCGUAGGCAAGCUCCGCCUGCUUUGGUUGUAAUCGUAGGCAAGCUCAGGUUUCUGCGUCUGCACGUCCUAGUGGGCUCGCCUGGGACUCCCCUUUGUCUGUAGUACAACACUCCACUCUGCCUGACCCUUUGGAAGAGAGGAUGUCUCCAUCCUCAGGGAGUAGAGAAACACUCUCCCCUCCCUCCAUCCUGACCCCCGUGCAGAGGAUGAAGUGCCGUCCCAGAAGCCCCCUCUCAGGGGUCUCAGAGAGAGGAGCACCCCAGGGGCCUCCGUGGCAGGAUCCUGUGACUGUCUUUGGUUAAAAUGUGCAGAAAGUGUUAACUCCUAAGCUGCCAGCAGAUGGUGUGUCGAGACACUGCGAAGUCACAUGAACUUGAUUCCUGUUGUGAAAGAACCGCUCUGCAUGUUUGGCGUCUACACUUCGUCAAGAACCAUCCAAUUUGAUUCUACAUUCUGGAUCGUCAGCGUCCACGGUGGAGCAGACUCCAGUACUCGCUGCUCCCGUGGGAGGUGUCUCUCUGGGGAAGGGGUCAGUGGUGGUGGAGGAUGGCGCAGUGCUCCAGUCGGAACCCACAGGUUGCCAGCUUACAGCAUGGGAGCUGUGGAAGGACACAUGGAGCGGAGGCGGCCGAGGAGGUGAAAGGCUGAGAGGAGGCUGCAGUGAAACACCUGAGGAAGGCUGGGCAGAAUGGAGCGGGGGUGACCAAAAGCCAGCCCCGCUGUGAGUUGGACUCUUGCGUGUUGACUGGCCACUCUCCUGUGCUCUGGAUGAUGUCGGAACACGACCUGGCGGAUGUGGUUCAGAUUGCAGUGGAAGACCUGAGCCCUGACCACCCAGUUGUUUUGGAGAAUCAUGUAGUGACAGAUGAAGACGAACCUGCUUUGAAACGCCAGCGACUAGAAAUCAAUUGCCAGGAUCCGUCUAUAAAGUCAUUCCUGUAUUCCAUCAACCAGACAAUCUGCUUGCGGUUGGAUAGCAUUGAAGCCAAAUUGCAAGCCCUGGAGGCUACUUGUAAAUCCUUAGAAGAAAAGCUGGAUCUGGUCACGAACAAGCAGCACAGCCCCAUCCAGGUUCCCAUGGUGGCCGGCUCCCCUCUCGGGGCAACCCAGACGUGCAACAAAGUGCGAUGCGUCGUCCCCCAGACUACAGUAAUACUCAACAAUGAUCGGCAGAACGCCAUUGUAGCCAAGAUGGAAGACCCCUUGGGCAGCAGGGCACCGGAUUCCCUGGAAAAUGUCAUUAGCAACGCUGUGCCUGGGCGUCGGCAGAACACCAUUGUGGUGAAGGUGCCGGGCCAAGAAGACAGCCACCACGAAGACGGGGAGAGCGGCUCGGAGGCCAGCGACUCUGUGUCCAGCUGUGGACAGGCGGGCAGCCAGAGCAUUGGGAGCAACGUCACCCUCAUCACCCUGAACUCAGAAGAGGAUUACCCCAAUGGCACCUGGCUGGGUGACGAGAACAACCCCGAGAUGCGGGUGCGCUGCGCCAUCAUCCCCUCUGACAUGCUGCACAUCAGCACCAACUGCCGCACGGCCGAGAAGAUGGCACUCACGCUGCUGGACUACCUCUUCCACCGCGAGGUGCAGGCCGUGUCCAACCUCUCGGGGCAGGGCAAGCACGGGAAGAAGCAGCUGGACCCGCUCACCAUCUACGGCAUCCGGUGUCACCUUUUCUAUAAAUUUGGCAUCACAGAAUCCGACUGGUACCGAAUCAAGCAGAGCAUCGACUCCAAGUGCCGCACGGCGUGGCGGCGCAAGCAGCGGGGCCAGAGCCUGGCAGUCAAGAGCUUCUCACGGAGAACGCCCAACUCAUCCUCCUACUGCCCCUCAGAGCCGAUGAUGAGCACCCCACCUCCCGCCAGCGAGCUCCCGCAGCCACAGCCGCAGCCACAGGCCCUGCACUACGCGCUGGCCAACGCGCAGCAGGUGCAGAUCCACCAGAUCGGAGAAGACGGACAGGUGCAAGUAAUCCCACAGGGACACCUCCACAUUGCCCAGGUGCCGCAGGGGGAGCAAGUCCAGAUCACGCAGGACAGCGAGGGCAACCUCCAGAUCCAUCACGUGGGGCAGGACGGUCAGCUUCUAGAGGCCACCCGCAUCCCCUGCCUCCUGGCCCCAUCCGUCUUCAAAGCCAGCAGUGGCCAGGUGCUGCAGGGCGCACAGCUGAUCGCCGUGGCCUCCUCGGACCCCGCGGCGGCAGGUGUGGAUGGAUCGCCACUCCAGGGCAGUGACAUCCAGGUUCAGUAUGUGCAGCUGGCGCCGGUGAGUGACCACACAGCCGGGGCGCAGACGGCCGAAGCCCUGCAGCCCACGCUACAGCCGGAGAUGCAGCUCGAACACGGGGCCAUCCAGAUCCAGUGAGCGGUGCCCACAGCACCAGGAGCACCCGGCACCAGGAGCCCCUCGCCGGCUCCGCCUACCGCCCGGCCCCCGCGCGCCCUGCUCUCGCGGCCUCAGCACAGGCAGCGGCUGCACGUGUUCUGCUGAAGUGCGUCUGAAGGCUGCUGCCUCCGCGGGGAAGAGCAUCCUAUCAACUGAGAGAGCAGCCGCCGCUGCCAGCCGGAGACCCCUUUCGUUUGAGUCAUGCUGUUGUUGUCGGAGGACGAGGGGAGGCACAGUGCGGAGAGCGUCGCGUAUGCGCGGGAAAUCAAGAACUACGAUAUUUUUCUGUUUAAACAGCUUUUUUUAAUUUGCUAUGGUGUUUAUAACAAAAAAGAAAAUUUGAAAAAAAAAUCCCAGGGGAGUAGCAGGAGCCCUUUGCUGUGUGCUCUGUUCAGUAUCAUGAGACGGGAGCCAUUUGCUGUGUGCUCUGUCCAGUGUCAUGAGACGGGAGCCCUUUGCUGUGUGCUCUGUCCAGUGUCAUGAGACGGGAGCCCUUUGCUGUGUGCUCUGUCCAAUGUCAUGAGACGGGAGCCCUUUGCUGUGUGCUCUGUUCAGUGUCAGGAGGCAGGUGUUUGCAAAGCCAGCUCUCAGUUCCGAUGGGGUAUUGCUGACCUACUUUUCUAGGGGAAAUGCUCUCAAACACUGUAAUUAUGCAUUUCUAAUGAAAUAAAAUGUAUUUAUGACCACA